AUGUCCACCUUUAAUACCCUCGAGCCAUCACAUUCAACCAACAACGAGCCCCAGACUCUUCAACUUCCACAACCGGGGCAAGCGCUAGGGUCAGAUCGCACGAUUGGGCUGGUGGAAUUUACAAUUACAAAGAAUACUACGAAGAAAGAGCUUGCCGCUGAGCUCACCAAGUAUGGGCUGCCGAAGAGCGGCAAUCGUGACGCCCAGAUAGAACGUCUACGUAAGUUUGCGGAUGACCGCGAACAAUGGGCGGGCCUCUUCAAACCGGCCGUGAAACGGAAGCGAGGAGACAUCUCUGCAUCUCGGUCAAAUAGCCAUUCCGCAAAACGCAUUCUUUCCCAGUUUGGCCCCAGGGAACCUGUCGCAGAGUAUCAGAACAAACACGGCAGCGAUAGGCGCGUACCUCAGCCCAUCCAGCAUGCAGAUGAGAAAGUGAUCGUAGCAUGCCUUUUCGGACAGUCAGCAUCGUUCCUCGCCAGCUAUCCAGUAGUGCCGGCAGUUGCGGGCCAAGCUCCGUCAAUACCUCUGCUCAAUCCCGAUGGCUCGGAGCAAGCAGAGCCAUGUCACGGGCACCCCAUCGAACAGCCUGGAUCUAGUCAAUCUGGACUGGUACCUGGAAACAAUGCUGCGACCAGCACAGGGAUCGACAACGCAAGCUAUACAGGCGUUCGUUUCCGCCGGCUGGAGCGCGGGAUGAGCCAGGUGGAACGAAAGCAAGAUCAGGUCCUCAAUCGCAUGCAAACGUUGUGUACAAAGUUUGACAACUUGAUCAACGGCGGACAUGGGACCACGUCGCACGUCUCCGCGGAAAUGCGACCUGGAGGACCCGAGUAUGUGCCGACUGUCAGUAGUACCGGCACUGACAGUCAAAACAUACGCCGUCCCACCACGCCGUCUACGCCGCGGACUGCAGUUCCACCUCAUCUAGUAGCACCACAGCUUGCUUCCGAUCCUCCGACAUUGAGCACGCCGGUACUACCACAUCCACCGCAGCGACCUGUCUGCAUCAGCCUUGACGGCGAAAACAUCUAUGUCGACAGAACUCACAUCCCUGAUCCACCGGCAAUCCAUCUGUCAGACAACAUCCCAUCCCUCUUCCGCGAAUGGCAUACCUCGAACUUGUUGACGAUUGCAGGGCGUGGGAUUCCCGUGAAGCAUUGGGACAAGGUUUACAAGAAGAGGAGUGGGGUAGUUGAGACGGAUGCCUGGCAUGCAUUGAGGGUCGAGUGGGGCAACUGGAAGUUCUUGGCCGAGGAACGCGAUCGAUUUUCGUCUGAAGACGCGUUCUGGGACAAGUAUAGCAACGAGGAACGAGAGCGGCUGUCAUAUCAGCAGAUACUUGACAGGCUGCAGAAGGAUCGCACCUGGACUGAUGCCGCAGACUACGAUGCGGCGAUGAGGUACUUCGGAGGUGACCUAGGCCGCUCCGACACCCAAGGAGUGUUCCGAUACAAGAAGAGCGGGAAGUGGAGGAUCUGCGACAAGAAGCUCACGGUUGCGAAGAAAUGGCGAGCGUUGUUGGAGAAGGAUGAAACAAUCCGGGCGAACUGGGAAGCCAUGCAGGCUGCAAGCCCGUCGGAUUGA